ACCCACUUCAACGAACGCGAUAGAUAGCCCCACCAGCUGUACACUUCUACUACGAUACCUCGAGACCACACACUCGCACUUCGCUCUACCAUGAGCAACACAAACACUUCAGGCUAUCUGGGUCUUGCCCCAGGUACCCGUAACGCACAUCGCCAGAACCGUGUACCGUCCGGCGAUCUUCUCCAACCCGCUCACGGCAACGCUGCGCCUGUUCCUGUUCCGAACGGUGCUCUGAGAGGUACCAACGGACAUGGGAACCAUGGUCAUAGGAAUGGCGCAUUUGAAGGAGCAAGAAGUCCACCGAACAACAAGAGUACAUCGCAUGUCCCAUGCAAGUUCUUCAGACAGGGUACAUGUCAGGCCGGUCAAGCCUGUCCGUUCAUGCACACGACAGAACCGGUGACUGAUACGGCGCCGUGCAAGUACUUCCAGAAGGGAAAUUGCAAAUUCGGCGCAAAAUGCAUGCUCGCACAUAUCCUCCCUGACGGCCGUCGUGUCAACAAAUCUGCACAGAUGGGCCUUGGUGGUGGAUUUGGCCGCCAGAAUCUCCCACAGAACGGCCUCGUCCAAGGUCCUGAAGGUCUGCUUCAGCGUGAGCUCAACAUGCAGAUGCCUGGCCCUCAGCCACAUGCAUCCGCUGGAUAUGGCAUGUCGGACGACUAUUUUCCCAGAGGCAAUGUAGGCCAACAAGCAAACUUUGACGCUAUACCAACCAUAGAUACAACAUUCACCUCACAUCCCGGCUCGACCUAUGGAUCCCCGCCAAACGACAGACUUGGUGUUUCGCCGAGCACCAGGGGGCGAAGUGUCAUGGAUGCACCACUACCAGCUUCAUUCGAUAGUCAGGGAAUCUCGCAUAUCGCACGAUACGGUCCCAUAGCGCAGUCGGUGCCUUCACGCCUUGAUCCUUUCGAUGCGAUGCAAGCUCCUUCACUGCCGAAACCCGCUGGAGACACCGAGACACUCCGCAAACUUCAUGAUUCGGUCUAUGGGCAGACCAAUCCUACUGUGACAACCGGUUUUGGCUCGUCUCCUCCACAGCAGGAUGAGAUUGGCGUACGUCGACCUAUGCACUCCGAACGUUCCCUAAGACCUGUAGUAGGUAUGUAUUCUGCAAGCUAUGGUGGCGCCGGUCUAGAUGCAUUCGCCUCAAGACGCCAAGUACCCUACGAUUGGAAUCAGGACGACAACUCCGGCUUCGACGACGAGACCGAAUAUGUACCUCAGUCUCUUGGAGAGCUUCUCACAGACCAAGAGAAGAAACGCCGAUUCUCUCGCAACGACGACGAGAACCCUUUCCGCCAGUCUCUGUCCGCCGUCGGAACACCCACAGACACGAACUCGAAAGUAGGCUCGCCAAAAGUCGGAUCGCCGUCCCGCUUCAGCGCACUCUUUGAGCGACAACGAAAGAACGACGGUAGCGACGCCGCCUCCCCCUCCACAUUUGGUCAUGUCGGUUCUCCACUGCGCAACUCAACACUCCACCCAGGUGCAAGCCCAUCUCUCCGUGCUGUCCGCCAACCUACAGCUACCGACGUCAGCCCCUUCGUAUCCUCCCCUCCCCGCCAGUCCAGCAUGAGCAUGAUAAGCCAGCAACUCCAACGGACGCGUCUCUCGUCACGUGCUUCCUCGAACCCAAAUGUCAACGACCCAGACCAUCCCUCUCUACAACCCUCCUCGUCUCUGCAUCCCGGUAUGGCGCGCGCAACUUCCGGCUCCAGCAUCGGCAGCAUCACUGGUCGCACUUCUCUCGACCGUGCACUUUCAUCCGGUAGCAUCGGUCGCUCAGAUCGCAUCGACGAGGAGCAAGGCCUGUUCAGCAUGGAAGACGAAGAGGAGAUGGAGAAACGGCGGAUCGAGAAGGAAGGUGCGGGCCUAGGUGCAAUCACACCGAGCGGGAGUGCGAACAAGCGGUUUUCGGGUGGUUGGGGCGCCUUCUCAGGACUCGGAGCGUCGGCGACGAAGAAGGAUAUCAAUAGCGCAAGCUCCGCAUCGAGUCCGGGAAACACGAGUAGGCCAGGCCCGAUUGGAGGGCAUAGGAGUACCGCGAGUAAGGAUAGUGCAUGGGGUGGUGCGAGUUGAAGACCAAGACACGACGAUCAAUUACGAUUUCACUGCACGCCAUACUUGUGGAAAGAGCUUUCUGACGCAAAGCCCUGAACCGGCUCGCGCGAUCGCUCGCUCGCCGCAUCAUCCAUGAUUUAACGCCUGCACGC